GGUGCUUGUGGGGUGGGUUCAGGAGGGGCAAGCGGAAGGGGGAGAGGAGAGGAGGAGGAGGAGGAGGAGGAGGUCUUGGUGCCCGUCUGUCUGCUUCUCUUUCGUCUCAGCCUUCUUCUUUCUUGUCGACUAGCAUCUGUGCGCGAGAGAAGACGGGGAGGAAGCCCUGCGAAUGUUGAUGACGGGCUGACCGCUUUUCUCUCUCUCUCUCUCUCUCUCUCUCUCUCUCUCUCUCUCUCUCUCCUUCUCUGUUUCAGUCGCGUUGCGCGAAACUUUUCGUGUGGAGAGAUCUCGCUCCGAGGAGCCGAGACUUGAGAGACUUGAGAGGAGACGAGUGGAGUGGAGUGAAGUGGAGUGAGUGCCGAGGACAGCGUAGUUCAGCGGAGUAGUGUGGGAUAGGGAGAGGGCAGGCUGACUGUCCGUGCUCGCUUGAGUGAUUGGCAGUCGCUUUCUUCUCCGUGGGCUCCAGGAGGAGCGAAAGUGAUUGUGUGCGAGUGCGAGUGAGAGUGAGCAGCGAGUUUGUGUUUGUUGUGUAUAUCUCGGCUUGUGCAUAGCAACCUCGUUUGUAUAAUUUGAGUUGUAGUUUUCACCUCCACCGACACCCUGGUGCUCUCGUCCGCCCGGGCUGCCCUCGCGAGCAGGUUUCGAAUGCGGCAGGUAAAGCUGUGAUCGUCGCAGGGGACACAUCUGUACGGCCGGUGUACCUCCCACACCUGCGCCAUUCUCCGCAGUCGGUCUUUCUCCAAGAUUGUACAGAAGCUGGAUUGCGGCGAGAGCAGAGCGCACUGGGGAGGCAGUCUCGGAAUGAGACCCCCGUCGGCGUCUGUGGUGCUGCGCCACUCUGGGCCUCGAGUGGGCUUGGCCCGAUUGAAGGCUUGAGAGCGAGCUCGGGCCUGGGGCAGAGUUUCAUCGACCUCAUUGCACUUCACUUCACUUCACUGCAUCGAGCCCUCGAGGAGAAUGAGGGAAGCGCCGGCAUUCUGCGGACAAUGGGUGUAGUAGCGCUCCCUCUCGGGUGAUGAGCGUGCGCCGGAGUUGGUCGAUCAAUGACAACUUCGCCGAUCAUCGGAGCGCUUCGUAAGGAAAUGACUAGUGCGGAGACGGGGAGGAAGCUGAGCUGGGACCACAAUUCGGCGCCCACGAGCGACACUGCCAGUUCGAACAACAGCAGCAUUGAUGCCAACACGAAGAGUAGCCUCAGUAGCGUCACGGGAAGCAACAGCGCCAAGACGAGCCUUAGCGGGAAGAUGAGCGACUUGAACAUGGACGGGACGAAGGUGAGCGUGGGUGCCAAGAGCAGCGGGAGGCUCGAGUCGUGCGAGAGUGUCAAGAGUAGCAGUGUUAGUCGGGCUAGUACGAGUAGCGGCGUCAGUGACAGCAAUGAGAGCUUUACCAGCAGCAUAAGCUUCAAUAGCGGGAACAACAAGCCCCACAAGUCGAAUGACAAGCGGUGGGAGGCGAUUCAGGCCGUGAAACAUCGGGAUGGCGCCAUGGGAUUGAGUCACUUCAAGCUUUUGAAGCGAUUGGGUUGCGGAGACAUCGGUAGUGUGUAUUUGGCCGAGCUGAGGGCCAGCAACUGCUACUUCGCCAUGAAGGUUAUGGACAAGGGCUCGCUGGCUAGCCGGAAGAAGCUCCUGCGAGCUCAAACGGAGCGCGAGAUAUUGGCUCUGUUGGAUCACCCUUUCCUCCCCACCCUCUACACUCAUUUCGAGACCGAGAAGUUCUCGUGCCUCGUCAUGGAGUUCUGCACCGGAGGCGAUCUGCACGCCCUCCGCCAAAGGCAGCCGGGCAAACACUUCACGGAGGCUGCUGCUCGAUUCUACGCAUCUGAGGUGCUGAUGGCGCUGGAGUACCUCCACAUGAUGGGCGUGGUGUACAGAGAUUUGAAGCCGGAGAACGUGCUCGUCAGAGAAGACGGCCACAUCAUGCUGUCGGAUUUUGAUCUGUCGCUCAGAUGUGUCGUCAGCCCGACGCUGGUGAGGUCUUCGUGGAGCGACACAGAUCCGUCGCGCAGAAUUCCAGCGUACUGCAUCACACCUUCGUGUGUGGAGCCGUCGUGCGUCACGCCUGCCUGCAUCCAGCCGGCAUGCGUGCAACCCUCGUGCUUCGUUCCUCGGAUGAUCCUGUCGAGAACCAAGAAAUCCAAGCCCGAAAAACCAAAAAUGUCGAGGAUGAAGUCCGACGUGCACCACCAAGUGUCACCACUCCCGGAGCUGAUUGCCGAGCCCACAGCAGCGCGCUCGAUGUCUUUCGUGGGAACGCACGAGUAUCUGGCCCCGGAGAUCAUCAAGGGCGAGGGCCAUGGCAGUGCUGUCGACUGGUGGACAUUCGGGAUCUUUCUGUACGAGCUCCUGCACGGCAAGACGCCGUUCAAGGGCACAGGGAAUCGAGCCACGCUAUUCAACGUCGUCGGGCAACCGCUGAAAUUCCCCGAGACCUCGGGAGUGAGCUUCGCGGCUCGGGAUCUGAUCAGAGGCCUGCUGGUGAAGGAGCCCAUGCACAGACUGGCAUUCAAGAGAGGUGCGGCCGAGAUCAAGCAACAUCCAUUUUUUGAAGGCGUGAAUUGGGCUCUGAUCCGGUGUACCACUCCUCCCGACAUCCCCAAGCCCUUCGAGCUGGAGCUGUCGCAUUCCCGGAAGGAGGCCAAGGAGGUAAAGGAAGCCCCGCCUCCGCCUCAACCGAAGGUCGAAACCCCUCCCCCCGUCGAGAAGAAAGUCGUAGAGACCGCUGCCUCCGAUGUGCCCAAUUCUUCAUCCGGGGGCUCAUACCUCGACUUCGACUUCUUCUGAGAACCCCCUGCGCCUAUAGCCCCAGCCCCAACCCCAACCCCAACCCCAACCCCCAUGCUUUUUUAGCCCCUCUAUACAUUCAGACUUCUCUUGUAAUGGUUACAACUCCCACUAGGUGCCGGCUUCCGCUCUGAUAAUCUGUAUGCAUAGUCCUCAUGCCCUUUUGCCCUUCUUGUUUCUCGGCCAGCCCCCUCUGAGCUGGAGAGGUAGUUGUUCACUGGAAUGCUUAAGACUGAGUGUACCCGAUGAGCGGUUGUGGGACUGACCGUCAACGACCCUUCUGUGAUGGUAGCUCCUCCUAGGUAUGCCACAAGGGUUCUUGACUCCCAUGGCAGCCCAGUGGGCUACGGGUGAUUCAAAUUGUCAGGCACGAAAGUUCUUUUGAGUUGCGCUCGAAAAACUCAGGUCAAGCACUGUAUCAUAGUCCAUCCAGAGUGUAGAGCUUAUCACCCGUUAUAAAACCUAGUGAUUUUCAGAGCUGAUUAUUUUUCUACAUUUUCAAAUAAGAGAUGUGAUCGCAAAAUACAUUGGUUUCCCGUUCAUCUCCUGAACCGGGCCGAUCAGUCGUUUUG